AUGACGUCAGCUAUCGUUGUCGGCGAAGGGAAGUUAGCUGCGAUCAUUACAAAACUUCUUUGUUCCUACGGUACUCCGGUGGCGCUGUACGGUGCUGGAAAAAAAACCAAAGAUUCCAUUCAAUCAAUGCUAAAAGAACAUGUGGAAGACUCGUAUCCUUUGCAGUUCGUUGAUGACCUGAAGCACCAGCAAGAAAUGUUGUCACGUCUUCUGGAAAACCUCCGUAUGACAGAUGAUGUCUCGCGACUCUUCGGUGAAGUCAUCGUCGAUGCCACACGUGGUCAAAACUACGCAAUGUUGAGAGCUGUUCGCCGUUUUGUACCUAAUGCCCCAGUAAUGAAUCUCGACGGGAAUUCUACAGAUGAGAAGACUAUAGGCGUGCAUGUCUACGAGCCGUUCGAAGUCACCAGAAUUAUGAAGAUCGUACCUUCUCCUGGAUUGGAUGCUGCUUCUGUAGCUUGUGUACGUGCUCUCCUGAGAAAUGCGAACAUAGUCGAGCUGGACAGAGAGCAGGGAGACAUUGCUGAGAGGGCGUUGGAUGCAUGGCGGAAUCAGGGCAGCGUUGUUCCUCAGCUUCACCAGCUGAUGAACACCAUCAUUCCUAGUCGCAUGUUGGUUGACCGCAAUAAUUCUGUAAUGCAUUAA